GCGCAACUAGAAAUGGACUCUUCCAUGUUGCCUCCUUCCCCACCAGGGGCUCUCACAGGUGCAGCGAGACAGAACGCCAUAAACCAUGCAGGACUGAUAAACAAGACUGCAUUCGAAGUGAAUGUGGGCUUGUUUACCGGGCUUGCUGUCCUGACAAUAGCCGUACGCUUUGUUGUCCGACUGCGCCAACUUCGUCGAUUGUUUCUCGAUGACUACUUGCUGUUGUGCAGCUCAGCAUGCCUCCUCGUAGCGCUUGGUUUGAUAUACCCUAACACUAGCGCUUUGUUCUUGGGUGAGGCUACCUUAGCGAUGCCAGACAAAAUAACAGUUGAAUCCAUGGAUGAGGCCAAGGAUCUGAUCAGUUUGAACAAUUACUCUCUGAUCUACCUCAGCAUAAUCUGGAUUUCCACGUACUCCGUUAAAUUUUCGUUCCUGGCUGUCUUCAAGCCCCUCGUAUGGAACAAGCUCUCACGAUCCAUGAUGUGGUAUUUUUGGUUCGUUGUCGCAUUUACGGCCUGUUCAUGGGCUUAUUCUGAAUGCGCAAGCUUCAUUCCGUGCCCCCAUUUUGGGGCAGCCGUAAUUAAAUGCUACAAUCGUGAUUCCCACAAUGUGACCAUAACCACGAUGGUGACUGCUACAGUCGUCGACGUUAUUACGGAUAUUAUGGUUGUAUCAUUUCCAAUCAUAAUCCUCCAUAAGGCAAAUAUGGGCCUCGCACAGAAAGUUGGCCUUGGGAUCUUCCUAGCACUCUCUUUGGUAAUGGUUCUCGUUGCCAUUGUCGAAAUGAUCGGCAGCAUAGUUUCCGGGAUAAACAACCUGGAUCUUGCCUGGAUCAUGUUCUGGCAACACAUGCACGCUUGCACUGGCAUUAUUAUGGGUUCAGUGUCUGCAUUGCGCACCAUCUAUAGCAGAAGGGAGGGAACUGCAGCCCAGAAAUUGGAAAGCCCUCCUGCCAGCGAUGAUGGUUCCUUAGCAACACCGUCCACUCCAAGGAGGUCAUUGAUCUGAGGCAUUGGAAGCUGGGAACCCUAUUCUCGGCGGAAGCUUUCAUUAUAUAUCAAUACAUUCAUGUCCUCUAAAAAUUUUUUAUGUCUUAACAUCUUUUUGUCUUUAUACAGCUACC